AUGGAGGAGAGUUUUUCUACUCAGGACCCAGAGUUCCUUUCAUCAGCUGGAUCAGGGGUAGACUGGCAGCCUGACACAGAGCAGGUAGAGACAAUCUCUGAAGACCCAGAGAAGCUCUCCAUAGAAGCUGAGAGCAUCUCCUCCGAGCCCAACCAGGUCUCCGCAGACCUGGGUAGGGUGUCCUCUGAGCUGGCCUUCAUCACCUUCCGGAGGCAGCUGCUCCACAACCGGCGGAUCAUGCUGCUGAAGAUGCAGCAGUUCAGAAACAAGAGAAAAGAAAGAGAAGGUGAGUGGUCUGGUCAAGGCAAUCAUAAUAGUGGGGCUAUGGGGGAAUCAAACACAGACAGACAGACAGCACACACAUGCAUGUGUGCAUACACAAAAAUAAUAACCAUACAAGGAAACCGGGGUUGGUUGUCAGACUUUUUACUUGUGUAUUUCUCAGGACCAGUAUAUCUUACAAGACAAUUUUCAAUAUUAGGAGAAAGACCAAGGUAUUGGGUUUAAAUGGGGACAUAUUUCAUCCUCAUAUCUUAUUCCAACAUGGAGUUAAAAGCCAUCAAACACACUCUGUCCACUUGUGACAACCAGCCCUGUUGUGGGGUUGGAUUUCACACAGUAUGUUGUUGGUUGUCACUAGUAGCUUAUUCAUUUGUAACAGGAAAUUAAGCAAUAUAUACUUAACAAAAAUAUAAACGCAACUUGUAAAGAGUUCGUCCGAUGUUUCAUGAGCUGAAAUAAAAGAUCCCAGAAAUUUUCCAAACGCACAAAACCAUUCUUUCUCUCAAAUGUUGUGCACAAAUAUGUUUACAUCCAUGUUCUUGAGCAUUUCUCCUUUGCCAAGAUAAUCCAUCCACCUGACAGGUGUGGCAUAUCAAGAAGCUGAUUAAACAGCAUGAUCAUUACACAGGUGCACCUUGUGCUGGGGACAAUAAUAGGCCACUAAAAUGUGCAGUUGUGUCACACAAUACAAUGCCACAGAUGUCUCAAGUUGAGGGAGCAUGCAAUUGGCAUAAUGACUGCAGGAAUGUCCACCAGAGCCGUUGCAAGAUAAUUGAAUGUUCAUUCCUCUACCAUAAGCCACCUCCAAUGUUGUUUUAGAGAAAUAGGCAGUAUGUCCAACCGGCCUCACAACCGCAGACCACGCAAGCCCAGGACCUCCACAUCCGGCUUCUUCACCUGCGGGAUCGUCAGAGACCAGCCACCCGAACAGCUGAUGAAAGUAUUUUUGUCUGUAAUAAUGCCCUUUCGUGGAGAAAAACUCAUUCUGAUUGGCUGGGCCUGGCUCCCCAGUGGGUGGGCCUAUGCCUUCCCAGGCCCAACAAUGGCAGCGCCCCUGCCCAUUCAUGUGAAAUCCAUAGAUUAGGGCCUAAUUUAUUUAUUUAAAUUGACUGAUUUCCUUAUCUGAACUGUAACUCAGUAAAAUCGUUAAUUGUUGCAUGUUGUGUUUAUAUUUUUGUUCAAUAUAUACACACACACACACACACACACACACACACACACACACACACACACACACACACUACAUGACCAAAAGUAUGUGGACACCUGCUCUGUCAAACAUGUCAUUCCAAAAUCAUGGACAUUAAUAUGAAGUUGGUCCCCCCUUUGCUGAUAUAACAGCCUCCACUCUUCUGGGAAGGCUUUCCACUAGAUGUUGGAACAUUGCUGCGGGGACUUGCUUCCAUUCAGCCACAAGAGCAUUAGUGAGGUCGAGCACUGGUGUUGGGCGAUUAGCCCUGGCUCGCAGUCGGCGUUCCAAUUCAUCCCAAAGGUGUUCGAUAGGUUUGAGGUCAGGGCUCUGUGCAGGCCAGUCUAGUUCUUCCACACAGACCUCAUCAAACCAUUUCUGUAUGGACAUCGCUUUGCACACGGGGGCAUUGUCAUGCUGAAACAGGAAAGGGCCUUCCCCAAACUGUUGGCACAAAGUUGGAAGCACAGAAUUGUCUAGAAUGUCAUUGUAUGCUGUAGCAUUAAGAUUUCCCUUCACUGGAACUAAGGGGCCUAGCCCAAACCAUGAAAAACAGCCCCAGACCAUUAUUCCUCCUCUACCAAACUUUACAGUUGGCACAAUGUAUUGGGGCAGGUAGCGUUCUCCUGGCAUCCGCCAAACCCAGAUUUGUCCGUCGGACUGCCAGAUGGUGAAGCGUGAUUCUUCACUCAAGAGAUCGCGUUUCCACUGCUCCAGAGUCCAAUGGCGGCGAGCUUUACACCACUCCAGCCGACACUUGGCAUUGUGCAUGGUGAUCUUACGCUUGUGUGGCUGCUCAGCCAUGGAAACCCAUUUGAUGAAGCUUCUGACGUACAGUACUUGUGCUGAUGUUGCUUCCAGAGGCAGUUUGGAACUCGGUAGUGUGUUUUGCAACCGAGGACAGACGAUUUUUACGUGCUAAGCGCUUCAGCACUCGGAGGUCCCAUUCACAUCGCUGCUGAGCCGUUGUUGCUCCUAGACGUUUCCACUUCACUUACAGUUGACCGGGGCAGCUCUAGCAGGGCAGAAAUUUGAUGAACUGACUUGUUGGGAAGGUGGCGUCCUAUGACGGUGCCACGUUGAAAGUCACUGAGCUCUUCAGUAAGGCCAUUCUACUGCCAAUGUUUGUCUAUGGAGAUUGCAUGGCUGUGUGCUCGAUUUUAUACACCUGUCAGCGACGGGUGUGGCUGAAAUAGCCGAAUCCACUUUUUGAAGGGGUGUCCACAUAUUUUGUAUAUAUAGUGUACUGUAUAUAUAUAUAUAUUGCUUUAACCUAUGCGAAACACAUACAUUCUUCUCACCUCAGUGUUUUGUCAUGCUGACAUGAAUUGACCAAGUGGAUGAGUUCUUUCAAAGAAAAGUUUGUGGUCAUAGGUGAAGAAUAAUAGUAUAGAACAAGAAGGCCCACACACUGUUAAAGCUUCGAAUUCACCGCUUUAUUGACAAUGUUUCGAACCAAAAUGGAUCUUCGUCAGGUCAAACAAACAAACAGUGCUCACAUCCCAAAAUAUACACAUUUCACCUCACGCCCAUUGCAGACAUGACGCAUUCUUUCAAAGAAUUCACACAUUUUAACCUUAAAAAUAUUCGGCCUGGUCUCAUAGACCAGACGUAACAUAGUAAAGAUAAAUCCGGGCACUCAAAUUAGUAUGAUAUGUUACAUUUGGUAUGGUUACAUAAGACAGAAGGUACUUUAGGCAAAUAUGAAAGUAGGGCGGUUGGUUGGUUGGUUAGAACGUCUAGCAACCCAAAGGUUGCGUGUUCGAUUCUCAUCACGGAAAGCUUUAGCUCAUUUGCAACUUUGCAUUUUAGCUUACCUUAACCCUUUAACUAACCCCUGACCCUAACCUUAACCCUAACCCCUAGCCUAACUAACGUUAGCCACCUUGUAAACGUUUGCGACAACAUAUUGGAAUUCGUAACAUAAGUUUAGCAAAUUUGUAACAUAUUGUACGAAUUGAAAUUCGUAACAUAUACAAAAUUGAUGAUGGACAUCCACUUAAUUAAUACAUACCAUACGAAACAUAACAUAUCAUACUAAUUGGAGUGUCACGGAUUUACAUUUACUAUGUUACGUGUACCCUUGAGUCCAGGUUGAAAUACUAGACAGUGCCAUUUCGAUUGUGAGUAACUAGCACUGUGACAACCAUCCCCUGGAGACAACCAAUCCCAGUCUCCCCUACUUAUUGAGGCAUUGAAAAGCAGUGUUGGUUUCUUGUGUUCUGAAGCAAUCCCAAAGCUUUUCAACCAUAUCUUCCUCUGUCUCCCAGCUCUGUCCCCUACAGUCUCUUUCCCAGAGGAGUCUGAGCCUAAAGAGCUGGAGGCCAUAGAACAGGAGCUACAUGAUUUGGUGGAAAGAGAACAGGAGCUACUACAGAUACAGACAGACAACACUGGGCCUGAACACAAGCCACUGUCAGGUAGACACCUGCUCACUAUACCUGUCCUGUACACAGCAAAUACAUUUUGAAACAAGCUGCCUUAUCCUAGAUAUUUUAAGCUUGAUUGAUUGUUUGUUUGAGCCUACAGUGCAGCAGAGAUAUUUGUCCUGUCCGUAAAAACUAAUCUAACAACUAUUGAUUUUUGCUUUCCAUUCAUGUUUGGAUAGAAGUCAAUAGGAUGCUUCAUACCUUUAUUUCCUCAUCACUGAGCACACAUUUGUUUUUACAUGCCUUUCAUCUUUACAGACUAUACAGAGGAACUCAUGGCCCCCUAUAAUGGAGUGUAUGUCCUACCUUGUAACACACCAAAGGACAUGACACAAUAUACACUACAGGCUACACCUCCUGCUGCGCCAGGUAUGUGUGUGUGAGCAUUGGUAGGAUAAACAUUUAGGUAGAGUAGAUACAUGAGAUACUCCGAUAAUGUGUCAAGCUCUGACAUAAGCUCUACAGUACUUGUCAUUUCUCCAUCUACAGUAUGUCCAGAUGAGCAUAGAUGGAGACGACAAUGCCUGUUUUCUCCUCUCCUCCAGAAGCCAUAGUGGAGGUGGAGAAACUCAAUAGUGACCCAGCGAUCGUCCAAUGCCCUUUCUGCGAGCAGGUCAUCACCACGGAAACGUAUCGCAAAAUAGGCGGGGCAGCCUAUAUGCUAUGCUUUGUGUCCAGCAUGUUAGGGUGAGUCCUGUCAGACAAGUUCUAGUAUCAAACGUCACAGAGUAGGAGUGCUGAUUUAGGAACUGCUGCCCCCUAUUCAUGUAGUCUUAUUCAUUGUGAUCUAAAAAGGCAAAACUGAUCCUAAGUCAGCACUCCUACUCUAAAACAUCUGACCUUGGAUCAAAGUCUAGGGGCAACUUUAUCCUACACCCAGAUAAGUAGAAACCAGAUGUGUUCUUACUUUUGUCUGUCUUAAUUAAGUAAUAAGGCCCGAGGUGCCUUAUUGCUAUUAUAAACUGGUUACCAACAUAAUUAGAACAGUAAAAAUAAAUGUUUUGUCAUAUCCGUGGUAUAGCUCGAACCACCCAGAGCUCGAACCACCCAGUUUACAAUACUGUAUAAACCCUCUCUGCCAGGUGUGUGGCUGGGUGCUGUCUCAUCCCCUUCUGCUUGGACAACCUAAAGGACGUCAGACAUCGAUGCCCUGAGUGUCACAGCAACAUCUACACAGCAGAACGGAUGUGAGGACAGAAUGGUACUUCUACAGAUACUGUAUCACUGGCUACAGUUUCUCUGGUGUUGGAUAGAGAGGGACAGUGAAUGGAGCGGUUGGAUGGGCGUUAUUUUACAUUUUAGUCAUUUAGCAGACGCUCUUAUCCAGAGCGACUUACAGUUAGUGAGUGUAUACAUUAUUUUUGUAUAUAUAUAUUUUUUUCAUACUGGCCCCCCGUGGGAAUCGAACUCACAACCCUGGCGUUGCAAACGCCAUGCUCUACCAACUGAGCUACAUCCCUAGACUGGACUGUGGGACAUGAGAAAGCGAAAGACUGGACAACGCACUAAUGACACCUGGUGGCCGAUGCCGUACAGUACUGCGUUAUGAUCACAGUUUGAGGGUGAUUGGAGAUUGACUGUUGUUGGGAUGAUAGUUUCUCUCUGUGAAAAAAUUGGAGGAAGAUGCUUAAAAUCACUGGGAAUCUCUAGCAGUGUCCAGCUGUGACAGCAUUUUGGUUCUAUCAACAGUGCAGAUACCAACAGAACCUGAGAAGACUUUCUGACCAAAAUGAUGGACUGGAAUAGCACUCAUACUGAAAGAAAAUACCACAUUCCUUUACAUUCCUUGCUUCCUUAUCUUUAGAACAUAUUUUUGUGUAUUCUUAAGAGAGAAAAUGUUUAUACUCACCAGAUACCUUAUAAGAACGAGAUCAUUGAAGCUUAAGCAAUGCAUUGGUCAUGCAAAUGUCAAAGGGAAAGCAGGUGAUGCACUGAUGGUAAGCCAUUUACCACAAAACAACCUAGGACUCUACAACACAUGCAAACAUUUACCAGAAAGCAACAAUGGCCUGUAUAUUCUACUUCCCUCUUUCUUUACAGUGGCAAAGGUCAACGUAACUGA